AUGGCGGCAUCUCAGGCUCUCGUCAUCCUCUCCCUGUGCCUCUCAUCUACACUUCUCUUCUCAUCCGCUCCUGCUCAAGGUCAGCCCGCUCCGCCGCCGCCGCCGUUGAACUUGAUCGACACGCUGCAGAAAGCCGGCCAAUACUCCACGCUCAUCCGCCUCCUCGGCACCACAAGGGUCGGCGACCAGCUAGCUUACCAGCUCAACAACUUCUCGAAAGCCACCUUCUUCGCACCCACCGACGCCGCCUUCAACAGCCUUCCCUCGGGCUUCCUCAACACCAUGUCGAUGGAGCAGCAGGUUAAGCUCCUCAACUUCCACGUCGUUCCCCAUCUCUUCACUUGGAACGACUUCAAGAAUGGCGUCCCUCCCCAGGCGACUCAGGCCUCCGGACCCAACGGCCCUUACGUCCUCACCUUCACCUUCAUCUCUGACCAGCAGGUGAAGGUGAGCACCGGGUUGGUGGAGACGAUCUUCACUAAUGCUCUGAACUUGACGCCGCCGCUAGCAAUCUAUCAGGUCGACAAGGUGCUGAUUCCACCCGGUAUGUUCAGCCCCUCUUCCGCAUCGUCGUCGUCGCCGGCACCAGGCAGCGGCUCUGCGCCAUCUUCUUCUGCUUCACCACCAUCGUCCUCUGCGCAACCACUUGCACCUUCCUCGUCAUCGUCACCCCUGCCAUCAGCGCCAACACCGACGAGUUCUUCACCUCCAACUCAUGCGCCGCCUAGCAAAUCUGCUCCGUCGCCAACCACCCCUCGUGCCAGUGCACCUGCUUCCACCGGUUCAGCGCCGGCUUCGACCAGCACUGAAACUGGUUCAGCACCUGCCGGUGCCCUUGGGCCCUGGAGCUUGAUGGGCAGCCUCAUGGCCGCUGCACUGGCUACAAUGGUUUAG